AUGGAUCAUGACUACGAAAUUCUACUCGGUCAUAAACCUUCGAAUUCAAGCUCUGAGAUUACAAAUGUGGUCGUGGCGUAUAAAUUUGCUUUUCCAACUAUAUCUAGAACUGCUCUUCCCGAUAUAACUUGGGCACAGAGGCGAACAGGUGGAUCUACUCUGGUUGUCACCACUACUGAUGACUUUCUUCGUGAAUGGUCAUCAGAGAUCAAAACACAUGCGCCAGAUAGCAUUACCUACACGGACUUCCAAGAUGGACAUCUACCGCUAGAGAGUUGUGAUUUUGUUCUGGCGACAUAUGAGAGAGUACGAGAUGAGUACUUGAGAGGUGGUCGUUUGCAUUCCACCAGAUGGAAACGGUUGAUAUUGGAUCAGGCUCAGUUCGUACUGCGCUAUUUGACGAAUAAAACCAAACUAGUGGUUCUUGCCUUGAAGGCUCUUCACAGGUGGGCGCUGUGCUCCUCUCUUACGAACAUCCUCACUCCAGAUAUAGUAAUCACCUCUAGAAUUGUUUCCCUCGUUUAUUUUCUAGUAAGUUAA